UUCUAUAGCAUGGGCAAGACCAACACGCUCAAAGAGAUCGGCGCGAAGAUGGACAAGCUCUCAGACUCUCAUAGGCGCCAUCAUGGAAGGUGCGAGAGCUUUUGUCGCCCAGAGAGUGCACCCCCUGGCAUUGACAAUCUCUACCUCACCGGGCGAGGCGGUAUGUUGGGAAAUUCUCUGCGCGCAGGUGACUGUUACAGGACGACGAAGCACAAUGAUUUCUGGGAUUACCGCUUCACG